AUGAGCAUCCUCGAUACGCUUGCUCCUACUGAGCGGGUCCUCUCGACCAAACCUAAUCACCCUAAAGAGUUGACUCCUCAGCCGAUCGUUCUGGACCACCGGCUCCUGCAGCAUCCCGAGGCUGCCCCAGUCUCGUCCUUGCUCUAUUCAGGCUUCAUCGAACAUCUCGGAAGAUGCAUUUACGGCGGUGUAUGUGAUGACCCUAAUGAGCCUGCCUCCAAGUCAUUGCUGCUUGACCAAGGAGACUACCCCGGCGGCACUGGCAAGAAACGACUGGGUCUGAGGAAGGAUGUCUUGAAAGUCUGGGGUAAGAAAGGGGACCUCGAAUGCCCCAUGAUGCGAUAUCCUGGAGGCAAUUUUGUGUCCAAUUAUUUCUGGAAAGAGGCAGUCGGUCCUGUCGAGAAUCGAAGGAAGAGGAGGGAGCUGGCAUGGCAGACGAUCGAGUCCAAUCUCUUCGGUACCGAUGAAUUUAUUGACUGGUGCAGAGAGAGUGGCUGCGAGCCAUACCUAUGCGUCAACAUGGGUACGGGAUCCCUGGAGGAUGCUCUCGACUGGCUCGAAUACUGCAACGGUACUGGAGACACCUACUGGGCCAACGAGCGUCGAAAGAAUACUGGUCGGGAGGAGCCUCACAACGUCAAACUCUGGGGUCUUGGCAAUGAAAUGUGGGGAACCUGGCAAGUUGGUCACCUCACAGCGGAUAGAUACGCCGAAAAGGCUAGACGCUGGGGACACGCACUCAAACUUUUGGACCCAACUAUCCAGCUCGUUUCUUGUGGCAAGGAGGGAUCCAAUGACUGGGAUCGUGAGGUGCUUCAAAAAUGCCUCGAUGUGAUCGACAUGCACUCUAUCCAUCUUUACUCGAUGAUUGGAUACCGAGACAAUGCUCUGGCCGUCAACUAUCCUUACGAGGCGAACGUCUUCGGUCCGGCUGCUGGGGAAAGAAACAUACAGAAUUGCAAAGCGCUUAUCGACAUUGCCAACGUGGAGCAGUGCGCAAAUGGCAAGAAGCCUCGAGACAUCAAGAUCUGUUUCGACGAGUAUAAUGUGUGGGAUCCAGUCGUUGCGAAACCGACCGAGGGUAACGAGCAAAUUUAUACAUAUACCGACAUGCUUGGAUUCUGUGCGUGGAUGAAUCUCUUGGUGCGCCAAUCGAAGGACUGCCCGAUGGCCUGCCUGGCACAGAGUGUCAAUGAUAUCGCGCCCAUCAUCUGCAAUGCCGAUGGCAUCUUGUACCAGUCGAUCUACUUCCCGUUCAAACUCUUCAGCAACUACAUGAAGGAUGGCCAUGUCUUGAGCAUGGCGCCGUUCAAAGAUGUAUAUGAUGGACCGAACCAUCCCGAGAGCACUCAGAUUCUUGGACUUCGACCUUCAUACAUUGACGCUGUAGCCGUCGCUGUCACGGGACAGAACAAGGACGUCAGCAUUCGAAUCAGCUUGCUCAACCGUCAUCCCUCCGCGCAAUGGGAUGCAGUGUUGGACAUAAACUCCAUCGAAAUCAACGACGUGGAGAUUCAUGAGAUCUUCACGGAAAAUCUAGAUUCCGCGAACACGUGGAUGCAACCAGAGCUUAUCAAACCCGAUGUCACAAAGCUUUCGGCUAAGGAAUGGAAUGAACAGGGUGCCAAGCGGACCCUUCGCAACCACUCGUGGGCAUUUAUCAUUAUGAACGGAAAGCCUUCGUCUGCCUAG